AUGAGCACUGAGAGGGGCGAGCUGGUCAUCAUUGAUACCUGCUACACUACAGUCCACACACUGGGCAGGAAAAAUGAGGCAAGCCGGCUGCGCUACAUGCAGAAAGAUGGCAGCUUCCCUGUGGUUUUCCAGAAGGCCCCUGGACAAUGGAGCCUGUACCUGAUAGACAUCUUCACCACUCUUGUGGAGAUCCGCUGGAGGGUGAUGCUCCUUAUCUUUUCCCUCUCUUACAUUCUCUCUUGGCUCUUUUUUGGUCUCUGUUAUUGGCUCAUUGCGUAUGUACAUGGGGACGUUGACGAUGCACAACACACAACAUGCGUAGACAAUGUGCGCGGCUUUACUGGAGCCUUUAUGUUUUCAAUGGAGACCCAGGCGACUAUUGGCUACGGCUUCAGGGGGAUGACUGAGAACUGUAUCGUGGCCAUUAUUUUGGUGACGGUUCAAGAUGUAUUUAGCUGCCUCCUUGACACCAUCAUCAUUGGUAUUGUUGUUGCUAAAAUGGCAUCUGCUCGUAAGAGAUCUCAGACGGUUGGUUUUAGCAGCUGUGCAGUGGUCAACCUGCGAGAUGGGGUUCUGUGUCUGUCUUGGCGACUUGGGGACUUCAGGGGCAAUCACAUCCUGGAGGGUGUUGCCAGGGCCAUGUUAGUCCGCUAUGUGAAACAGCCACUUGGGUCUAUUGUGAUAUCAUACCAGGACCUGCACAUCCAGAAUCGAGACAUUGUGCUCGCCACACCAGUCACCAUUAUCCACAAGCUGGAACCUAGCAGUCCCCUCUACCUCCUCGGCCCUGACGACCUGCUGGGGGACGACUUUGAGCUGGUGGUGUCUUUCACCUAUACCGGUGACUCUACAGGAAUGCUCCACCAGACUCGAACCUCCUACACACCAGCAGACAUCCGCUGGGGCCAGCGCUUCCAGGACAUGCUGAAAAUGGACAAGAGGCACUACAAGGUGGACUAUGCUCUGUUCAACGUGACCACGUGGGUGCCGGUGCCCCUGCUCAGUGCAGAGCAGUUGCACAGGAGGGGUAGCCCUGUAGAGGGCAGUCAGUCCCGCAGUGCUCUCUUUGCUUCAAAUAAGAGAAACGGACACACUUGCAAAGUGAAUUCUGACAACACUGAAGAGGUGAUGCAGCAAACCUGCUUGUAG